AAUUAGAACUGCCAUCAAACACAAGAGAAGAAGAACCGAUGAUGACGUCAAUCCAGGGGCGCCAAAUCUGCUGCACGGUGCACACAGAAGUACUCGUCAGGUGAAGUUUGGGGUGUUUUCAUCAUCUAAGCAGCCAUCAGUCAUGGACCUCAGCCCCUUUGAAGAUGACAACUCCGUCAGCUGCCGGCUGGUUUCUGAGAUCCCUGAAGUCUGCAAAACGGAGGAUUGCUGUCUUGGCAUUGAUGAGGCUGGCAGGGGGCCUGUGCUGGGGCCGAUGGUGUAUGGGAUAUGUUUCUGUCCGCUUUCCAGAAAGGAGGAGCUGAAGGACUUGAAAGUAGCAGAUUCAAAAACCCUGACAGAGGCAGAAAGAGAGAAUCUUUUUGAAAAACUGGAUGAAGCUAAGAGUUAUGUUGGGUGGGCUCUGCAGAUUCUGUCGCCAAACACCAUCUCUACCUGCAUGUUACGGAGGACAAAAUACAACCUCAACGCCCUUUCACACGAUACAGCAAUAGACCUUGUACAGUAUGCUUUGGACAGUGGAGUACAGCUUAAAGAGAUUUAUGUGGACACAGUUGGCCCAGCGGACAAGUAUGAGCAUAAACUCUCUCAGCGGUUUCCGGGUAUUCAAGUGACUGUGAGGCCAAAAGCUGACUCCCUGUUUCCAGUUGUGAGUGCAGCCAGUAUCUGUGCAAAGGUUGCUAGGGAUCGUGUCGUGAAAGGCUGGAACUUUACAGAGGACUUGGGAGAGGUGGAUACAGACUAUGGCUCAGGGUACCCUAAUGAUCCCAAGACGAAAGCGUGGCUGCUGAAGUACCUCGACCCAGUAUUUGGCUACCCUCAGUUUGUUCGAUUUAGCUGGAGCACUGCCCAAACCCUAAUGGACAGCAAAGCGGUUAAUGUGCAUUGGGACGAUGAUGAAGAGGAUGGCGAGAAGGCAGCGCAGAGGCAGAGCAACAAGUCAAUGUUGUCCUACUUCAGUGUAUCAGCUGGAGGUAACGACCAAAAUGCAACCCACCAGGCACACCGCUUCUUCACUGAGCGGAGGCUCAAGAGCCUCAACACACUCUAAAGACACGUUAGAGGGCCUUCACAUACAUCCUGGAAGUCAUAAAUGCAUUGUGGGACUUUUUUUGUAACACAGAUGCAAACUUCAGUCAUCUGUCUGUAUUUGUCUUGUUUGUAACUGUUUUUAUAUAUAAAGAUGUUGUUUAAAUAUG